GGUCCAGCUCAACAGCGUCAAAGUCGCAAACGGCCCGAGCCAAGAAGGCCCACGCACCUGCCCGCCUUGCCUUGCCGCCGACACGUCCAGACACCAUCACGCCUGCACUACACCAUGACUGCUUCGUCAGCAUUACUGCGGUAAGCUGGUAAUCACGCACAGCUAGGUAUUGCUUGCUCUUCCCUCACCUCUCCCACGCGCGCCCUGCAACCCCCGUGUGCGCUGGGCACGUCAAAACUAGAACUUGGUACCACCUACGUAUCUCGACACACAGACAGCUCUCUGCUACCGCCCUGCCCGCAGAGCACGGCCCGCGUCGCUUGUUGCAUCAGCCUAGCAAGCCUAACGUUUUGCUACCGGCAUCGGACAAGAGCCCGUAAGUCAGUCUUUGACGCAGUCAUCAUGUCCUAUCCUCCGCCGCCAGGUUACAAGUCCAAACCUCCGACGCCUCAACCUCACACUUCGCUCCUUACCCGUCCACCACCUCCGGCGCAACCCCCGGCGUUCAAACCGCGAUCGGUAGCCAGGGCAUCGAGUCAGGCAUGGCAACCGCAGCACGCGACUAUCUCCGCUGGACCACAACCUCCAGCAUACCCACUCGCUCAGACUAGCUACUUAGGCGCUGUGUACCCGGCGACGGCCUAUCAGCAAACUUCAUACUACCCGCAACUCAGCAACGACCUGUACGCGAACUCACAUCGGAUCCGGAAUCCCUUCCCAGUACCUGGACAAACGCAAGGUAGAGGUCAUGAUUCUAACAGCGCCUACGACCCAGCGCACAGAGCGCAAAUAGCGCAAUGGCAGAGCGCAUAUGUUAACAAAGAUGAUACGAAUGCGAGAGCUGCUCGUAAUGCUCGUGUUGACGCUGGAAACGCAAAUAACACACCUCUAGGAGUAGUAGCUAAAUCGAACGUAUCCACGCCCAUUAGCAACGCUGAAAUGCAUUCGGCGGCCAAUUCUAACACUGGAGUAGCGGCUGUUGUUGCCGGUACAGACGGGAAGCAAAAAACAGUGGUGAGAAGUGGUGGAGGGCAGACUUGGCAAGAUCCGAGUUUGCUUGAAUGGGAUCCCACCCAUUUCCGCUUGUUCGUCGGAAACUUAGCUGGGGAAGUUACUGACGAAAUGCUACACAAAGCCUUUUCGCGUUUCCCGUCAAUCCAGAAGGCACGGGUAGUUAGAGAAAAGCACACAACUAAGAGUAGGGGAUACGGCUUUGUGAGCUUCAGCACUGGCGACGACUACUUCCAGGCCGCGAGAGAGAUGCACGGCAAAUACAUCGGCAGCCACCCAAUCAAGGUUGAGCGUAGCACUACUGAAAUCAAGGCGGUAACAUCUCAUGAUAAGCGGAAAAACAAAAACAACAAGAGCGGCAAGGGAGCAAAUGGCGGUGAUCAUGCCAACACUGGAGCCGGCGUACAGAAGAAGCCAAACAGGAAGAAGCGGGGUUUGAAGAUUUUAGGCUGAGGUCUACGAAAGAGUGUUCAAGCAGACAUCCGACACCCUCGCUGGACCCGCGGGGUUGAUUUGAAAGCGUAGGUCAAUGAGCGGCGUGCAAUAUCGCGUCGACAAGCUUAAGUACACUGUCUUUUCGGUCAAUUGCUUCGGAGAGCUUUGGAAAGGUCACGGAAUCACUGGAAAAUCAAAAAGCAAAUUGGUGGCUUUCGGGCAUGAACAGUAUGGUGGCAGCACUUACGCGCUUUCUGUGCUUCAGCGAUCGCCGGCUAAGGGGUUACCAUCCGUCCACCAACAACGCUCCAUUCGCUCUACACAUCACACACGAUCUCUCACAAGCACUCUCACGAAGUCUUUUCAGGUUUCUGCGACACGGUUUACGACUCUUUCUAUUGAUUUUUAUUCUUCUUUGAUACCCAGUCCGCCUACUCAUGCUUUUCACUGGAGUAAAGGACGGGACUGCUUUUAUUGCGAACUGCGGAAGUGUGAACUCACCGG